AGCUGAUCCAUUUCUGGAUACUUAUUCUUCUACACAUCUUUUUUUUUAUUUUAUUUUUUUAUUUUUUUAAAUAUAUAUACAUUCAAUAGACAAUGGUCGCGAUUUAAUACACGCACAUAUACUUCUAUUGCACGGACUGCCUCGAUACGCUCCCCUUCAUCCAUCGCCGCAUUUACCACCCUUGGUGCUGGUGCAGCCGCUGCAGCCUACUGGAGUCAGGCAUCAACUGCUCCAAAGGUCGAAUGUGAAGCACCGAAACAACCCAUAACAAAAUCGCCUACCAUGACAGCUCAAGCCGAUAGCAAACGUAAACUAGAGGGCUUGACCGAAGACUCACCCAUGCGUCUUCGAAUGGAAGAGUUUGUCAAACAGAUACAACAAGAGAUCACUGCAGGACUCGAAAAAGUAGAUGGUCAGGCCAAAUUCAAGGUCGACCGUUGGACACGUGCAGAGGGAGGGGAUGGCAUCUCCAUGGUGUUACAGGAUGGAGAGGUGUUUGAAAAGGCCGGCGUGGGCGUAUCAGUCGUUUAUGGAAUGCUCCCACCUGCAGCAGUAGCACAGAUGCGAGCGCAGCACCCUAACAUUAGUAAGACCGAUGAGCCCCUCCCCUUUUUCGCCACAGGCAUCUCCUGUGUGAUCCACCCACAUAAUCCCAACGCACCAACCGUUCACUUCAACUACCGAUACUUUGAGCUUGGCGGCACAGAUGGAGAUGAGCCGAUCUCUUGGUGGUUUGGGGGUGGAUGUGAUUUGACACCCACGAUCCUCUAUGAAGAGGACGCAGUCCAUUUCCACAAAGUCAUCAAACAAGCCUGUGACAAGCACGAUCCACGGUACUACAAGGACUUUAAGAAGUGGUGUGAUGAUUACUUCCAUAUCCAACAUCGUGGAGAGCGACGAGGUGUUGGCGGCAUCUUUUUUGAUGAUCUAGAUGACAAGUCACCAGAUGAGCUAUUUGCGUUUGUGAAGACCUGUGGUAAGGCCUUCUUGGACCAGUAUGUGCCCAUUGUGGAGAAGCGUAAGAACAUGACUUUCACAGACGAGGAUAAGCAAUGGCAACAGGUACGACGGGGUCGAUAUGUUGAAUUCAACCUUGUAUACGAUCGUGGAACCAAGUUUGGUUUGUUGACUCCGGGUGCUCGGAUUGAGAGUAUCAUGAUGUCGAUGCCAUUGACAGCCCGGUGGGAGUAUAUGCAUGAACCUGAUGUUCAGGCACAUAGUAAAUUGAUGGAGGUCCUGAAAGCACCAAGAGACUGGGUUUCAGUAUGAGUUAACUUGAUAAUAAUUGUAAAUUGCUAAUUUGAUAUUUUGUAAAAUAAAAAAAUAAAAAUAAAAAAACAUCACGUG